AUGAACGCCCCAGCACAAGGUGAUCCAGCUUCGAAGCCAAUAUUGAUCAUCCAAGGCUGGAGCGAUACUUCAGUUCUCCCUCAAAGUACCUUAGAGUCAUUCCAAGCAACCGUGAAUGCAGGAAAUGUUGCAUAUUUGAAGAGAUAUCCGGGACUGGAUCACUCUGCGACAAUCACAGCUUCUAGUCCUCUGUGGUUGAAAUAUCUAGCUGAAUUGUUUGCUCAUGAGAAACAACCUCGCAAGUCAUCGGAUACCACGAUUGUGCCAUUCAAUUUGAACGUGGCCAAAACCCCAUUGGAGCUUCCUCUCAACGAGGAACCUCUGUUGAGCCUACUGGGAUGA